GCACGUUUUGCGCGUCACCUAUAAUUAUUUCUUGAGCAGGUAUUAUAUCUCCUGGUCCCAUAGCCAUGGAAGAGACAACCAGUUGAGGCCGACUCUUUACAAAUCGGUCACUUCCUCUCCCUCGACAUAUGUGCAUGCGUGAACACGAAAUUCCUGUGUGGAAUUUUUAUAUAUUAUCUUGUGCGCUCUGAUUAGGUCAAUCCGCCACUCGCACCAGCAACGAUGGCUUUCUACCGCCGCGACGACGACAUGGACGGUCCAGAUAUGGGCGCCAUGAAUGCUAUGGGUGUGCCUGGUUACUUCUACCUACAGAAGAUCUUCUGGGUGGUCAUUGGCUCAGUCAUCGCCUUCUGCACACUAUUAAACGUUCUCGACCAUAUCCUGCUUUGGCAACGACAGCGGAGUCUCAACGCGAGACCAAAGUCUUUUCUAUGGACGUCCUACGCCACAGUGACCGCCAUUGCGCGUGAGAUUAACGCGGCUUCUCUGCCGACAUAUCAGCUUGGAUGGCUCAAAAUCCGCUCUCCGCCGCUGGGUCGGACGAUCGUGGUACUAUCAUACCUUAUUACGGUCUUGGUGUUUUGCUUUUACGGGUACGAUACCAUGGACGCAUCGACCUGGGAAAAUAUCGCCUACCGAUGCGGAUGCAUGGCCCAGACCCAGCUUCCUCUGAUAUUCCUGCUGGCCGGGAAACAGAAUGUCAUCGGUUUCCUGUCCGGCAUUGGGUAUGCGCGCCUGAACUGGCUGCAUCGCUGGGUGGCGCGCAUUCUAUGGCUGACUGUCACUUUCCACAUGGGAUUCUGGUUCCGAAGCUGGGCUCAGAUUGACGGCAUCCUCUUCCAGUUGAGAACGGACGACAUGACCCAAACAGGAUUUGCCGGCUGGUGCAUUCUGACUGCUGUCCUGCUCACUUCGGUCCUACCAUUACGGCGACUGAACUACGAGGUCUUCCUCAUCUUGCACCUGAUCCUCUUCUCUGGAUUUAUUGGUUGUGUCAUGAUUCAUGUCGACUACGGUCCAGGCUAUGUCUGGGCUUGCGUCGGAAUCUUCUUCUUCGACCGAGUGUUGCGAUUUAUUGUCGGACUCGUCGCCAAUCUUUCUAUUUUCCACCGACGCGUACCUGGAAGGAACUGGCUUUGGGCAAACAAAGCCAACCUCACACCUCUUCCAGGCAAUGUGACUCGAAUCACCAUUGACAAGCCUGUUCUAAAAUGGAAGCCUGGCCAGCAUGUCUUCCUCUCGUGCCACGCUGUGGUCCCUCUUCAAAGUCACCCGUUCAGCAUUGCAUCAUUGCCUUCUGACGACCAAUUGGAAUUUUUGGUUCAAGCCAAGAAUGGAGGCACGAGCCGUUUCCAUCGGUUCGCUUCCAAGAACCUAGGUCUCCCGAUCCAAAAGAAUCCUGGUACCGGCUCACAGAAGCUGGUUGGACUAGAAGGUCCGUACGGCAGAAUUCGACCUCUGCGGCAAUUUGACAGCAUUUGUUUCCUGGCUGGCAGUACAGGUGCCACUUUCACAGUACCUCUGAUGCGGGACAUCGUUCAAAGGUGGAAAAGCGGAUCACCCAUCGUCACAAAGCGCAUACGGUUCGUAUGGGUUGUAAAAGCUCGGGAUCGGGUCACUUGGUUCCAGAAACAUUUGCAGACCGCCCUGGCAGACGUUGAAGCAAUUCGACGUAACGAUGGGCUUUUCGAUGUCGACCUCGACCUCAGCAUUUAUGUUACCUGCGACGAAGAGUUGGAGGCCUCGAAGGCCAACGCUGUCUGCGAGCCACCAGCUCAUGGUGACGCCGAAAUAAGCACGGUACAAAAUCCGGAGGUCGAAGACGAAAAGAAGAAGUUCGAUGACAGGAUAGAGGUUCAGUCAGUCGGAUCAAAUGAGAAUGAAACCCGCGGGUGCGGACCAGAUGGGACUUGUUGCUGUAAGAGCACUGUCGACGAAGAGGAAGAAGGAACGACAUGCUGCUGCUGCGUACCCGGAUCAAGUACUCCCUCAUCUUCAUCGGUCAGCGACAAGGACAAGCCAGCCGUACCUCUGCCACAGCUCAAGAUGGUGGCGGGCCGACCGAAUGCUCGCAAUAUCAUCCGCAAAGUGCUGGAGGAGGCAGAUGGCGAGAGUGCAGUGGUAGUUUGUGGUCCUCCAGGUCUUCGAGAUGAUGUGCGACGAAGCGUGGCUGCACUGAGUGAUGAACGAGCUGUCCAUAAGGGAAGUGGUGCUCAAGGAGUCUACCUGCAUGUCGAGGGUUUUGGCUACUAAGAAAGUGCUUUUGAAAUUAGCAUGGCGAAAGGAGUUGAUUGCAAAUAACGAUACCCAUGCCCGCCCUUACGAAUACUGGCUGCAUGAAGCGGCGAUAUUGCCAUAGCCACAUAUUAUGAAUAUUCUUCAUCAAGACAAAAUCAUGUUCAAUGUGUACAUAGACAGUAUCUCAAUUUCUCAGCUAUCA